AUGCAUACAAAAAAAGGUUACUUCAAGGAGGGAGAAUGCCCGGCCCUGCAUGUUCUGGUCGACCCAUAUGCUACUAAUGUUGAAGUAAAGAAUCAGCCCGCAGCAAAUCCUGAAGCCGAGGAUAACGAAGCCGAGGGCAGCGAAGCCGGGAAUAGUGGAAGCGAGAGUUUGGGAGACGAAGAAGCUAAGGAACAAGGCGACCAUGAACGUGCACCUGACAAAAGAGACGUGCAUCAAGGAGACCAAGGGGCCGAGUCUGACGAUGAUGAAGCCCUGGUGUCAGAAAAUCUUGAUUGUGCUACAACUGCCGUGGCAGCCACUUGGCUCGACAAUAAGCCUUCGGAAAGCCAAGAGAAGCUCCGUAAAUUGGCUGUGCGUGUAGGCCAGCGAAACAUUGGCCUAAAGUGUAUAGGCCCACGGAGAGUGGAGGAAGGGCUCGUGCUUGGUACAGAGGCGUGCCCAAACGGAGCAACAAUCUCGCUGGAAAACGGCGUCUUCAAGGAAAGACCUAAAACAGUCGGCAUCAAAUUUCGAUGCAUAAACUGCGACUCGAGAUACCUUUUUAAAGAGUUUCUUUGGCACAACUUCUUGGACGCAGAUGCCAGUCAGGGAUGGUGCGCCGCUAACAAUUGCCUCAAGCCAUUGUGGGAAGGCACCAAAUUCUGCCGAGUGCAUUUCCUCAGGUGGAAGCCAGAAGACUUUGCCCUUGAUCAGCAAUCAAUUGUUGAGCUCAAACGCUUGUUCUCACUGGCCGCAUCUGAGAAAUGGCUCCCCGGGAGCAAGAUAGCAAAGGUCAUGAAGAAGGAGAUCUCUAACCAGAAGGCACUGCCCCCUGCGCGUCUUGUCAACAUUGACCUGGAAUUUUCGUUCAAUCCCCGUGAAGUGUACCAGAUUGGCCUCGCCGGUGUUGAAGGGACUCACGUACUUGAUUGUCUGCCCAAGUACAGCAAGCCUUCUGCUGCGCGAUCCUCGUCAAGCUCCGCGCCGUUAACUUUUUGCCAAAGGAUGUUGGGAAAGAAGUUCAAAUUGAUGCCGACUAUCCACGGCACCCUGGAUUCGAAGGGCGUCGUGACAAAGCUUAAUGAAUACGAUAUUACACCAAACACAACGUUCGUCUCAUGGGGCCAUUGGCAUUUCGACGUCUCACUUCUCAGAGAAUGGCUCGAUGAAGAGGGGCAUCAUGACGUGCUUCCCAAUAACGAACGCGUCCUUUUGCUUUUGAAGGAGUUCCGAGGCAACUUGGACCGGAUACUCGGCAAAGAAUGCUUUCACGGCCAUCGCUUCCCGCUCAAAUUGCCUUUCGUGUUCCCUAUCUUGUUCGGAAAAGGCGACCCUCUGGCGGGGCGUAAUCACAAUGCUAUUGUGGACGCCCUACAGCUGGCCCAGAUGACAAAUCUGUACUUCGACCUGUGCAACCCCCCGGGGAGCGAGUCGUUUGGAAGGGCUCAGAAGCCGUGGACCCGUGGACCUCGCACAAGAGGCAGUUGUUGCUGGACUCAUUCUACGAUCCUUUGA